GGGAGAUGCCCCUACACGUGAAGUGGCCGUUCCCCGCGGUGCCGCCGCUCAGCUGGACCCUGGCCAGCAGCGUCGUCAUGGGCCUGGUGGGCACCUACAGCUGCUUCUGGACCAAGUACAUGAACCACCUCACCGUCCACAACAAGGAGGUGCUGUACGAGCUCAUCGAGAACCGAGGCCCCGCCACCCCGCUCAUCACCGUCUCCAAUCACCAGUCCUGCAUGGAUGACCCUCAUCUCUGGGGGAUCCUGAAACUCCGCCACAUCUGGAACCUGAAGUUGAUGCGUUGGACCCCCGCGGCUGCAGACAUCUGCUUCACCAAGGAGCUGCACUCCCACUUCUUCAGCUUGGGCAAGUGCGUGCCCGUGUGCCGAGGAGCAGAAUUUUUCCAAGCAGAAAAUGAAGGGAAAGGUGUUCUAGACAUGGGCAAGCGUGUGCCAGUGCUGGAGAG